AUGUCUGAGACAAUUUUCCCCUAUAAUGAUAGCUAUGAAUAUUCCUUUCCCACUGAGAAUCCUGAAGAGUACUGCCAAGCUCUGGACAUGCCAUAUAUGGGCAUUUUCCUUCCUAUUCUGUAUGCCACUGUGUUCCUGGUGGGAAUCGUCGGCAAUUCCAUCCUGAUGGGAGCCCUGGUCUUCAAACUUGGAAUCCGCAGGCUGAUUGACAUCUUUAUCCUCAACUUAGCUGCCUCUGACUUUGUUUUCCUCCUCACAUUGCCACUCUGGGUACACAAGGAGAUCUGGCAGGGGGUCUGGAGGUCAGGCUCCUUUCUCUGCAAGGGCAGUUCCUACAUCAUCUCAGUCAACAUGUAUUGCAGUAUCUUCCUCCUCACUUGCAUGAGUGCUGACCGGUACCUGGCCAUCAUGUACCCCUCUGUAGCCAGGAAAGUCAGAACAAGAUUCUACACUAAUGGACUUUGCAUCUGUGUCUGGCUUCUCUCCUGCCUCCUAGGGCUUCCCACCCUUCUGUCCAGAGAACUCAGGCAAUAUAACGGCCAGGCUUACUGCACAGAUGUGGAGCUCACACCCAUUAAACGGAUUGUGUCACUGGUAACGUUAAUUCUGGCCUUCUUUUUCCCCUUGCUGAGCAUCUUGACCUUCUACUGCUCCAUCACCAAGAAGCUCUGUAUGCAUUACCAGAAAUCUGGGAAACAUGACAAAAAGCUGAGGAAAUCUAUCAAGAUUGUCUUCAUUGUAGUGGCUGCCUUUGUUUUCUCCUGGAUUCCCUACAACGUUUUCAAGCUUCUGGCUAUCAUCUCUGGGCUCCAGGACCUGAAGCCACCUUUCUGCCUUCCUUACGUCCUUGCCCAGGUGGGCAUGGAAGUGAGCAGCCCCUUUGCAUUUGCCAACAGCUGUGCCAACCCUUUCAUCUACUACUGCUUUGAUGGCUAUAUCCGCAGGAACAUCUCGCAGCGCCUGUGUCCAUGGGUGAAGGGCCAGAGCACUGGCAGCAGUUCUGACACCUUGGACACUCGCAGCAUCAGCUACUCCUUGUCCACUUUUAUUCAUGGGGAGGAUGCCAUUAGGAAACGGAGGCGCUCUCUGUCAUUCUGA